AUGGAUACCAGAGUAGAAAAUAUUUUAGUGAAUAAAGUUUCUUCAGAUUGGGAAAGAUUUGCUCGUUGCAGUGAAUUUGGAAAUGAUGUGUCAAUAUAUGCAGUUAUUGAACAUGUAAAGAGUGAUGAAUAUACUAAGGAUGAUAAAUCAAAAAUGAAACAUUUUUUAAAAAAACUUUACCAAUAUAAUCCUAAAAAUUGGAAAAUUAGUAUUGAAAAUUCAUUAGCUCAUAUGGAUAGAAAUGAUAUACUACAAGACUUAUCAAUUUUAGAUGUACCAGUGAUGUGCUCUAAACUAAAGAAGUUUUAUCGUUCAACUUAUAAGAUAGUUAACACACUUCUUCCACCUUCAAGAGUUGAUGUUGUUAACAAAUUUGUUGAGUUAUGUAUUGUUAAUGGUGUUGAAGUCGAAGCAGAUGCUGUUUAUUAUUCCAAACCAGAACAAUUUUUAAAGAAACAAAUGAACUUAACACCAAUCCCUUUUAAUGAAGUAUUUUCUGAAGAAUUUUUUUUACUCCUUAUAUCAGGUAAUGCUGGAAUUGGUAAAACGUGGUUGCUAAGAAAAUGUCUGCUUGAUUGGUCAAAUGGUUUAAUUUGGAAAAACAUCGAACUUGUUUUUUAUUUAGAAUGCAGAAGGUUAAAUCAGUAUGAACAUGUUUCAAGUAUAAAUGAGUUACUUAAUAUCUUUUAUAAAGAUGUUAUAAAUAGUUUGGAUAUCAAUAAUUGUUCUGUAGCGUUUGUAAUCGAUGGCUUGGAUGAGUUUAAAUAUAUAGAUAACUUGAUAAAUCCUGAUAAUAAUAUCAACCCGCCUAUCGUUAAUGCAUUAUUAGGUAUUCUGAAGUACAAAACUGUUAUAGCUGGAAGACCAAGUGUUAUAUUACGAUGUAAAAAUGUUAUUGGAGAGCGUGAUGCUAUGUUAAACAUUCAAGUAAUGGGAUUUAAUGAAGACGGAAUAAGUGAUUAUAUAGAAAAUAAUGUAAUUGCAGAAUCAAAAGAAAAAGUUAAAACAGUUUUGAAGGAAUCUCCAGUUGCAAAAUCCAUGGCAUUUGUUCCUUUUUUUUUGUCUUGCAUGUGUAAAAUUCUUGUUGAAACAAUUCAGCGGGAUUAUAUGUUCUUAACUGAGACUGAUUUGCUUGCUAGUGUUUUUUAUUACUUUAUACAAAAACACAUCAACAAGAACAAUGAACCAGUUCAUAAGAUGAUGAAAAGUUCCCAAAAUAAAAAAUAUAUUUUAAGUAUUUGUGAAAUUGCGUAUUCUUUGUAUAUUGAAAAUAAAGUUAUUUUUUCUCCAAAUGAAAUUGCUGGCUUUGAUAUUCUUAAAGAUAAAUUGUUUGGUUUUAUAGAAAAGAUUGAAACAAAUCUAGGUUGUCAUUAUCAGUUUGUACACCUAGCAAUAAUGGAAUUCUGUGCCUCAAUACAUGCAUACAACAAUUUAACUAUUGAAGAAAUUAAGCAAAACCAAAAGCUAAAGAAUUGUUUUCCGAUGAUUUUUGGAUUGUCUAAUAAAAAUGAAAAAAGUUUAAUCAAAUUUCUUGGAAAUUUAAAUCCUAACAAAGAAAAGAAAAAGAAAUUUUUACUUUUUAAUAUGUUUGCAAAUAGCGUUGGGCCACGUGGAUUAUUCAAAAAAUGUUUUUAUGAGUCUCAAGCAACUUAUGCAGACAUAAAAGAGUCAACCAUCACAAUAAUAAUAUUUUUCUCGGUUACUAUAAUCGAAGGACAAACUUCUUAUGAAACUUUAUGUGAGAAAUAUCUUUUUAAGUGUUUAGUUGAGUCGGGAGUAAAGUUGGAAUCGUUACAUAUUUUUAAAAGUAGUUUCACAGAAGAUGAAAAAAAUACUAUCAUUGAAUGUUCGAAGAACGUUCGUCACGUUUUGAUUGAUGAUGCAUUUAAAAUUGAUGGAUGGGAACCAACUAAUAAGAUUGAAAAGUUGUAUAUAUUCGUAAGCAAGAGCAAUUUAAUGUCAAAGGAAGUUUUUCAAAGUUUCCUUCCUUGGUUUCGUGUUUGUGACUCAUUGACUCUUCAAUUUUACGACAAAGUUGAUUUCUUGAACGAUAUUUACAAUUGGAUUCGGUGUUCAAAUAUUAAAAUGGUGUCGAUCAAGUAUCCUGGAAAGGAGUUUCAAAGCCUCAAAGAAUUAGAAAAUUAUUUUAAAACGUUGCAUUUUAAAUCUUUAAUAUGUUAUACAGCAGUGUAUAUAGUUUUUUCAUUUUUAACUUUUGUUUUGUAAUUUAAGUUUUUAAACUAAUAUGUUAAAUCUAGACAUUACUAGCAGUA